AUGGUUGAUACACCGAAGAAACGACGCGCGGAAAAGUCGUCAAACAGCGGCGCAACGGCACCAAAGCGAGCGCGCUUACACUCAACUAGCUCAUCUACCUGUAGCGGAUCCGACACGCCCCUGUCGAAAGACGAGGAUUGGACGUUCCGAAUCAAAGUUCUGUCGACUACUACAAGCCUCAAUGACGAGCUCUUCAGAGAUGCUGUCAAAGGUCUUGUCCGCAUCUGCUUCCCUGAUGAUAUUCUGAAGCAGAUGGGACAACAUGCCGUGGAGCAGCACAUGCGCGAAAAACGAGCCGAACCAGCGAACAUACAGCGAACGAUAGAGGCCUUUCAACCGGAGAUGAUACGCCGUUUGAUAGGCAUGUUAGCUGGAUACUUCGAUACGCCCGAUCAGGUAGCCUCGGCUGUACAGGCCGCGCUUGGAGAAAGACACAAGACUCCAAAUGACGAAGGAACCUUGGGCUCUAGCAAUACUAUCGUUGAAGAGUCUCGUCCACCGAAGAACAAGAGGACCAAUCAUAGUAGGGAGCUUCAGGAGGCUACGCCAUCACGCGGUUACCAUAACAACUUGAACGGCGCCCUGGUAGAUGUGGAACGCCAAACAACCCCAGCAGAAGAUAGCUUUUCAAAUUCCAACACGAUUUCUCAAAGGCAGAAAGAUAGAAAGAUUUCAGCCACAUGGAACUGGAAUAUCGACCCCAAUGAAGUCACUGAAGAAGCUGUACAACAUGCCUUCCCUCGUACUGCUGAUCUGUUUGCAUAUCAUACUUUGCCUACCACCCAACAAAUGCUGGGAUCCAAAGCAUCGAGAAAGGAGAUGAGGCUUGACAUGCAAUCACUGCUAGACAGCAUAUCCCGAGCGGAAUUCCAGAAAUGGGUUGAAAGCUUAGAUAAGCUUCACAAAGGCAACCGCGGAAUGUUGGUCCGGCCAGAGCUUACUCUGAUGAACAAUGGCCAACUGUCUCGCGUGACACCCACCCCAAGUCAGUCAACGCUAGGUAUCAGGAACAACGGCAUACCCUUACACAGGAAUACCAUCAUCAAAUUCGAGGAUACCGAGGAUUCUGUUGGAGUACCAAAUAUCCAGGAAGCAUCAAUCAGCAAAGCGACCACGCAGGCUAUCGUAGUUACUAGGCGGCGCUUGUUAACAGAGGAUCGUGACCUCGGAUCAGCAGUCCCAGGUAUAGAGGCCGAUGCCGACACACACACUAGCCGCUCUCAGAGCAAUGACAAUAUUGACAGUUCUUUUGGUAUGCCCGUGUUGCAGUUGUUGCGGGGAACAGACUCCUUGACUCGAGAAAUGUGUGUCAAGGAUUACUUGCAGAUCACCGAGACGAUAAUGAACAAUCUACAACGCCGAAUUGCAGCUGAGGCAAUUGCAAGCGGCCUUGGUGGUCAAAGUAAGACGCGCACAAAGGAUGAGCUUCGGAGUAGUAUUGUCCAAGCUUUCCCCAAAUCCGGACAAUUUGUCAACUUUAUGAGAAUAAAGAAGGACAUUGAAGGUUCACUAGUGGAAUGGGUAAUUGCAGAGCCGCAGGCUUUUCCCGAGCUGAAGGCUAUGCCUUUUGUAUUCGCUCGUGUACUACCGCAUAUAAGAGUGGCGAUCGAAUCGCUCUUUGGCUCCUGGUCUGCUGUAUCUACACUAAGUGGGGUCCAGGUGUGGGGAAGUAUCCUUGAAGCUCUUAAGCAGCGAGGCCUCUCGGAAGCAUCGGUUGGUGCUGCAAAUAUCGACUUUUUGCAGAUCGAUAGUCUUUGCAACAACUGCAAGUUUCCAGAGGUUACACGGCGCGCUCUUCUCGAACGUAUCUUCCGUCGUGUAGUCUUUUUACACAAGGACAAAUUUCCUGAGUUGAAAACAACACCGGUUGUCAAGGUGUGGGAACGAAAGACAGGCUUGGAAUGGUGA